AUGUUGGACAGAUCGGGGGUCAGAAGGGUGAUCGAAGCCGUGGAGCGGCAGGCGGACUUGAGUGGGGAUGGCUUUGAGCUUUUAAUCUCACGCCUCAACACGGCUCUACGGGCUUACGCGAAAGAGGAGCGGAAGAGGGUCCGGGCCACGAUGGUUCACCUUCAGCGGUCGGUUGCGGAGCUUAAGCAGGCGUGGCUGGGUGACCCGGGGUGUACUCGGCUGAAAAAAUUGCUGGGUGAAAGAGAGGCGCAGUUGAAGAGCUACCAGCUGGUUCGGCAGGAGCGUCUUCAUGUGAUGGCUGGGUUGAAGGAAGAAGUCUUGGGUGAGGUGGCCUCCCCGCACCUGUCGGCAAAGAUCAAAGCCAGAAAGGGGCGGACGCAGAUUACGGAGUUAAACGCAGGCGGGUUGCUAGUGAAUGACAAUGAAGCUAUCCUGAAGGCGGCGUCACAGUAUUAUAAGGAGCUGUUCGGAAGCGAUAGACAGCAGGCCGUGUCUGCUUGGUCUCCUGCUCCUGGGAGGUCUCUGUCGCAGGAGUCGGCGGAGGCGGUGUGUACAGCCUGGUCGGAGGAGGAAGUGAAAGCUGCCUUCCGUUCGAUGGCGAAGGACAAGGCUCCAGGGAAAGAUGGGUUGCCGAAGGAGCUGUUUGAGUUCCACUGGGAUAUCCUGGGCAAGCAUUUCAUGAAGCUGGUAGACAAUUUUGCGGCUACGGCGACGCUGCCGACAAGUACGAAAGACGCUGUUACCAUCCUGUUACACAAAAAGGGGGGGAGGGAGCAGCUUGAGAAUUACAGACCGAUCACCCUUUUGAGCUUCACCUACAAAGUGAUUGCGAGGGUGGUGGCAGACAGGAUGAAAAGGGUGCUGCAUGAGGUCAUCUCUCCGGAGCAGUACGGUUUCUUGCCUGGAAGGAGGCUGUCGGACACGGUGGGCUUGGUUGCGGAUGUUAUUGAGGCCGCGAAGAGCAAGGACCAUGACUGGUAUCUCCUGCUGGUCGACUUUAGGAAAGCGUUCGAUUCGGUCUCGAGGACCUUCCAGUUCACGGUGCUUGAUCGGAUGGGUUUUCCGAGCCGUCUCGUGGACUGGGUUAGGGGCCUGCACAAGGAUACACGGACCAGUCUGUUAAUCAACGGCUGGAUGGGGGAAGCGGUUGACGUGGUGUCCGGGGUGCGGCAAGGCUGUCCCCUUGCGCCCUACCUCUUCUUGUGCGCAGUGGAACCGCUGGCCCAGCAGGCGGCUGCUAGGAAACUUGGUCUUGAAAAGGGGGAGCGGCGGCUGGCGUACCUGGGGUACGCUGACGACACGACUUUAAUCCUGCAAGGUGAAGAGCAGAUUGCGGAAGCAGAACGGCUGUUAGCGGACUUCGAGGCAGAAUCGGGGCUAGCAACGAACAUUGGGAAGUCGUCCAUCUUACCCCUCGGGUGUAACCUGAACAAACAGGCCUGCAAGACGGACGGCUUCAAGUGGGUGAAGGCGGAUGAAGCGGAGAGACUCCUGGGCGUGUGGGUGACGCCGGCUGGUAGCUGCGCCCCCACCUGGAAAAAGGCUUUUGCGCGGAUCAAGGAUAAGCUGAGACAAUGGGAGACGCAGCAUCUCACCACAGGUGCUAGGGUUGCGGUAAUCAACUGCUACAUCUCACCUAUAAUCUUCUUUCAGGCGCAGGUGUACCCGCCGCCGGUGGAUAUUUGGGGGAGGAUUUUGAAGCUGGCGCACAACUUCGUGUUAGGCAAUCAUGGGGUCACUGACAAGAAGUUCAUACUGUGGAGCCGGGACCUACUGUAUACAGCUAGAGCUGAUGGCGAUGUGGGAGUGAGGAACCCGGAAAUAGAGCUCACCUGUCUUGCUGCCAGGCGCAUUGGACUGUUGCUCACCGAGACGUGUGAACUGAAGCGGGACAUUAUGCUCGCAGCGGCGGACCUGCCGCUGGGGACUGACACCUUCGUCGCUCACGUGAAGCUUCUGAAGUGUUGGCGUGGGAAAAGUGAGAGGUGGAAGCUGGCCUGCGGGAGCUUUAUGCAGUCGCCGCUGGUCGACUCGCUACCGGCUCUAUUGAAGGAAGAAAUUGCGGUGGAGCGAGUUGUUUUUAACCGCAACAUCCUGCUCAACGGCAAGGCUCCGGUGGGGGGCCAGAAGGCUGCGGCGAAGCUGUGGGAGCUCGGGCUGGGUGAUCUUCUGCUACCGGAUGGUGCGGGGGGUCGUAAGGUCAAGGAUGUGAAAACCCUGACAAGGGAGUUGGGAGGCUCUAAGCAAGCGAAGCUGGCACUACGGGCUUGGGAAGCGGUGCCACAGCCCUGGAAGGAGAGUCUACUGUCUGCCGAGCAAUUGGGCCCUCCGCCUCUACUUCCCCGCCUUCAGAAAUCGGCUCUGUUCAAGGAUGGGCAAGUGGCGUCGUUGAAGGAGCUGAAGGGAUGUUGGAAGGGCCAGAAGCGUCAAUCCGCUAAGCGGGAGCUCUGCCCGCGCAUUCAUCAGGUGGUGGUGGCGGUCAAGCGGUCCAUGCGCAUGCUAAACCCUGCGAGGCAGGUGUCGGACCUGGGGGACCUGUUGUUCGGAAAGGCAGCAUCGGCCUCAGCGUUUCCUGAAGCAACCCUCUCUGCAAUCGCUGUUCGCCAGAUCUGGGCAGAGCGAUGUGAUUGUGUGUUUCGGGGGAAAAGAUUCCGGUCCCGGCGGGUACUCAGGCGCAUCGAGGCAGCAUUUCGGCUGCAUGUGAAGGUGUACACGCGAGCAAUGGGAAAGAAGCUUGGCAGCGGUGGUGGUUCGAAGGGACAAAGGAGAACUCAUGCGCUGGCGGAGCAGGAGGACGGCUUACUUGGCCGCAUUCGUUGCAUGACGGUGAAAGGUUGGAAAUGGUCGCACAGUUUCGGCGCGCUUUGGAGUCUGGCAAGGGGAGCUCUACAUCCGCCUUAG